AGACAAAACAUAAAAAAACGUGUGAAGGAUAUAUUUGACCAAUGUUAUGAUGGAGAUUGGGUCACAUUUAAAAAGAUCCCACAAAACAUUAGGAUGCGUUUGUUUGAUCGCUUUCGGACCAAGUAUAAAUGGAAUCCACAAGCUGAGCAGGCCAUAUAUGACACAUUUAUUGACCUGAUCAAAGAUCGCUUUAGAGGUAACAUGAAAAGUUUGAAAGAAUUAUCUAAACAGAUGGCUAAGGAGGCAAAGCGUAAACUACCAGAUGAAGGAUACGAUAUUGGUAUCCUACUUGAAUUUCCACCUAAAGGGAUUCCCCUUGAGAAAUGGCACAGAAUGUGUGCGGACAAAGAAGAGGGUAAAACAGUUGGAUACAAGAAAGUAUUGUUACAGACCCACGCCACUAAGAGGUGCAAAAAAUGUUACAAGAUGGGAGAUAAGUGAAAAUGAUUUUGGUUCGUUGGAGUUUGUUACCGAUCGUGCAAAGCGUUCAUAUGUCGCGUACUCGGAACAACUUAAAGAUUUGUAUGGGGACGUGGAUUGCGAUGAUUUAGCCUUGUGGAAAAGUUUGCAUCCUAAGUGUAAGGGUCGCAAGAUGUUCGGGAUAGGAUCUUCUGAUCCUGAUUUUCUGGUGACUGGAAAACAAUCAUCUAGAAUUUGCAGUUCUAACGAUGAUGCCCGACACUCACAAGAGAUUUUUGUAGGGUUGUGUUGAUCGACAUGUUCGGGGUGAUAUGUGAUGAUUACGAUUUUAUAAUUUCCAGCUUCAAAAAGUUCAAGCGGAAUUAGAAGGAGAACGAGAGGCCCGACAAAACAUAGAAGCCCGUUUCUAACAAUUUCAACAAGAGCGUGAAAAAGAGCGGGCCGACUAAGAGGCGUGGCGAAAAAAUACGAAAGAAAUGGUGAAAAACAUCGAAAAGAAGUAAACAAAGCUCUCGUUUUGUUACCUAUUGGAAUGUUGGAUUAGUUUUGAAUCAAUAACUUGCUCUUAAUUAGGAUUUUUUGUGUGUUUUGGAAUAUUUUAAAA